AGGUUGGCACUAAUGGCGUAUUACCGCUGUGGGCCUACUGCUAUCGGCAGCCGCAUGACAUGGGGUCCCGUCUCGACACCGGGGCCCGGGGACUUUGAGCGUCCGCUCAACGGGAACUACGACCGUAUCUUCAACGCCUUCGAGAGGACUACAGCUUUUGAAUACGUUCGCAACACAUUUGAGGGAAAAGACGAAGAGAAGAAGGAAGAGAGACACGUAGGUCAUCAGGAUGUCGUCGUCAACAGGAAGAUGAGCAGUAGCUUUGAAAGGGCGGAUUGCGCGCUGGCAGCGCAGACGCCCUGCGAUGAUGACGAAGACUUCUACAGGGAGAAGAUCCUGUACUCGCAGGCGAGACAGUUGUAUCCCUUACAGGAGGACCUGGCAGAUUGGAUCAACAAAACCAUUGGAAUAUCAUAUCUAACAGGAGAAAAUUUCUUGGAUGUAUUGGACAACGGUGCAGAGUUGUGUCAGCUGGCUGCUGUGAUACACGACCGUGCGCGCGACGCCCUCGAUCAAGGCCUCAUCGUGGGGCCGGUGCCUCAGAUCAAAGGCCGGUGCUGGCAGCGCGCGGCGCGACGCAGCUUCUUCUCGCGCGACAAUGCCGAAAACUUCCUCACAUUCUGUCGGGAACUCGGUGUCCACGAGAACCUACUAUUUGAAAGCGACGAUCUGGUGCUUCAUAACCAGCCGCGGCAGGUGAUAUUGUGCUUGUUGGAAGUGGCUCGGCUGGCAGCACGCUACGGGCUGGAGCCGCCGGGGCUGGUGCAGCUGGAGAAGGAAAUAGCGCUAGAGGAGAAGGACUCCGGCAUCGACGCCACGCACACCUCCUGGCAGUUCAGGGACAUCUCGCCCUUGCCUGACAAGUAA